AAAAUGCCAACUCUGAAAUACAACAAGCUAGCCGGGAAGCACAUCCUAAUCAUUGGAGGAACAUCAGGAAUCGGUUAUGCCGUAGCGGAAGCCUCUCUCGAAUCCGGUGCCCGAGUAACGAUCUCUUCAUCCGACCAGAGCCACGUCUCCUCCUCUGUCAAAUCCCUGAAGGCCGCUUACCCUUCAGCCGAAACCCACGUCUCCGGUCACGUCUGCGACCUCUCCAAGCCCAGCCUCGAAAAGGACAUUGAGAACCUCUUCCAAGCGUGCGGGUCCGUAGACCACAUAGUCUUCACUGCAGGCGAUAGGUUGGCCACAAUCCCCAUCCAAGACGCCAAUUAUGAAAACAUCCUUCGCGCCGGACAGGUACGGUUCAUCGCCCCUCUCCUCGUCGCCAAAAUCGGGAGUCGUUACCUAAAUAAAGGACCAGAGAGCAGCAUUAUCUUGACAGCAGGCAUCGUAGCAGAAAAGCCGAUCCCAGGAUGGAGUGUCGUAGCAAGCUAUGCAGCGGGCUUACAUGGCAUGGUGAGGAACUUGGCGGUGGAUUUGAAGCCCGUUAGGGUCAAUCUCGUAAGUCCGGGCCCUGUGGAUACGGAGUUAUGGAAGGGCAUGGGUGAUGGUGCGAAGAAGAAUAUGUUCAAGGAGAUCGAGGGGAGGGUGCCUACGGGUCAUGUGGGGAGACCGGAGGAGGUUGCCGAGGCGUAUUUGUGGUUGAUGAAGGAUAGUAAUGUGACGGGAUUUGUAGCUUGUAGUGAUUCGGGGACGAAACUUGUUUAGUUGAGGGAGAGAGUGGUCGAGGUUGGGGAGGAGGGCGGGGCGAGUGAAGGAAUGAUAGGGAAAGUCACAAACAUUAUACGAAUUGAAUCUGGUAGAAAGGACAAAAAUAGAUAUUAGAGAAAGUCGAAGAACGCUAAAGUAUCAACAAGAGAAAUAAUGUCCAGACUGUUCCAAUGGUAGACUCAACAGUAUACGCCACGAGG